UUAGUCUAAAUGACCAAGGUUAAUGACCCUCAAACAUUUACAAAACAGUCCUGGCUAAAACAUGUGUGACGGGUUAAAAGUAAAUACAAGUUAAAUGUAACACAUUGCUUUUUCAUUAAAAUCCUUCUAUUAUAUUUUAUAUUUAUUUCCGUUUUUCUUUAAGUAAUAUACGUUGAUUCUACUGUUCAUUAUUUAGAGACUUUUAUUUUGACAUUUUCUUCUGGCGCUCUGCUGACGCCAUUUUCAAGUGACUGCGCGCCUUUCGCCAGUUCACAUUGGUUAUGCUGGGGACAGAGGCUGCGUCCGAAACCGCCUACUCAAUGAGUAGGUACUUAAUAUCAAUAAGUAGGCUACUUACUUAACGAGCGCCAAAAGAGUAGGUACUUAACAGCCAAAUCUCGUUGAGUAUGCGAGAUCCGAAAAUAAUCCGCCAUGUUGACGUUAUCAUGUGACCUACGACGUUAUCGCAAGUGCAACAACUUAAAAGAUAUGAGUGACAGGUUUAAUUAUUAUAUCUGUUAAUAUCUUGAUAUUGAUUAAACUGCUUAUUUUGUGGUUUUGUUGAAGAAACAGCUGCCAGUAAUUUUGUAAUUGUAGUAGGCUACAACUAAUAUAUUUUGGGUUAAAGUUCUUAUAUUUUUAUAAUGUGAGAUUAUUUUUUGUUAUAAAUACCCAAAUUCGUGUGAAUAUGUUAUUAAUUUCUUUAUUUUAUAUGCAAAAAUGUCCAUCCACAAGCAUAAAUCAGAAUUUUUCCCCUUUUUCUUGUUGAAUUAGCUCUAGUUUCAUCCCUCAGGCUUACAAAUAAUAAAUACUUUUAUGCAUUAUGAUGUAUUCAAAAUAUUUAACCUUGUCAUCAUGCUUUAUGUGUGUAAAUAAUUUCAAACGAUGAUGUAUACAAACACAUUUUUAUGUUUUUUUUGUCAUUAUUAUUGUUCAUUGCUAAAGAUACAACUGGUAUUUUCCCUGAUCUUGUAUGUAAUUACAGGUCCUGCAAUAAAAAUAAAGAUAUGAGUGACAGGUGCACUAACACCUCACAGCACUAGUAACUCAUCAACCCUACCUAGUGCGGUUUCCCUCAGUGUUAGAAAUGUCUGAAGCCAAAGAAGACAUCAGCAGCUGCUCGAAGAUCUCACCUUUGAAGAAGACUGUUGAUUUUAUACUCAAAAAAUGCAAGUAAAAUCUACAUAAAAUUAAGAUUACCUCAGAAUGAAUUGCUUUGCUAGCACACCCCAACAUUAACCAUCCAAAACUUAAUUAUAUUACUUUUCAUAUUACUUCUUUAGUAAAACAAGCAAAAUGUAAUGUUUUGUUAUAUGACAGCUGUGCAUGAACACACUAGACAAAUACAGCUGAUGUGAAUACAUCUCCAUUUACAGUCAAUGAAAGCAUGAAGUAAUAAAAUAUAUACAUUUACUGAUAAUAGCAUAAUUAAUAAGUAAAGAAUUACUAAAAGUAAUAAUGACAAUAAUUAAAUAAAUGCAUGUACAAGUCAACAACACACGAAACAAAGCUUUAUUCAAACGUAUUGAUCUAACAAUCACGUAUUUACAGUCCUGCUGCCAUAUCACACAGCUGUGCCGAUUCUGCAGCUUUAUUCUGAUGAAGCAGCUGAUGAACACCUUCAUCAUCAUGUCCCUCACUGCUGCUCUGCUCAAUGGGGACAUCAUUGAUCCAGAGGAUGAGGAAGACCAUGAUGAUGAUGAUCCUCUGAACCCCACAAGCUUGAAGCAGGAGUGGGAGAAGAUGUGCGGGACAAUCUGGCUCUGCUGUGUCUGCUGCAAACAUUCAUGUGCUCUCCAUCAGCAUGACUGAAUAAACAGAUUAAAACAUUUUACAAUUAAUUCAUGUCAGCAUUCUGUGCCAAUUCAUAUUUUUACAAUUACAUGAUGAUUUCUUUUGUAGCUUCAUUACUUUUUUGGUGUGGUGGCCUAAACCACUGAGCUGGUCAGCAGAAGGUUGCUGGUUUGAUCUCUGCAGCGUCUCCACCAGUGUGUGCUUGAUCCAGACACUUUACUCCAGGUUACUCCAACGGGAUCGUCCCUGUAAUAAGAGCACUAUGCUCUCACUGGCUCUGGGCUCACUGAGGACGAAGAAAUCACAUCAACAUCAGGUCAGAUGAGGCAGUAAGGGCAAGAGGAGUGAUGGAGAGUCUCAUCCUUGACACUGAACCAUUCCCAGGCUCUGCUGUGUCUCUCCAUCCUCAGUGCUCACACCAGUCUGAGGACAUUCACAUCCUACAAACAUAAUACAAAAGCAGUCAUUUUAGCAGUACAAUGUUAUCUGAUUUCUGUAUUAGAAGUAACAAAAUGAUCUUUAUAUUUUUGUUUCAGGUUUUCCUUUUUUUUUUUUUUCUCACAAAUGCCACUGUCAUCUUUCCUUGCAGGUCCUGAUCCAACACAAAGCUCUGCAACAAAUGCACAGACAUCAAGAAUCAGAAAAGUACUGUAAUAACUCUGUUUGAAAUUACAAUAAUUAAAAUAAACUACAACUUAAGAUUUAAAUAGACUUUGUAUUAAUUUCUGUCCCUGUAACAUCAAACAAGAUUCAAGUUUCCUCUGCGAUUUAUGUGCUCAAAUUUACAAAUCCUUCAAUUUUGAGGUAGUUGAAGUUCUCUUUCAUCAUCUCGUGUUCGAGAUCCACCUAUGGGAAGGGCAUCCGUACCUGACCAGCGCGUAGCCAAUGCCAGGUAAGGCACCACCCCCUUACCUGAGAGCAUAUAUAGCCGUACGCGCAGCUAUUCUUCAGUUGUCAUUCGCUUCUCGCGACCUCUGGUUUUAUUUUCACAGCUCGUUGGAUUAUUUGCGAACGUUUGCUUUGUCUUUAGGAGGACAUAUCACUCUGAUCAGCCUCCACCGGACGUAAUCGUCUCGCUCUUACAGCUGUGUUAUUCUGCAAGCCACCCACGCUGCAGUUCUUUUUAGGCUGUCCGCCUUUCUCUUCGGUCGUUUUUCCUCUUCUAUGGCUGCUUCCUCCGGCGAGUGCCUUUCGCGCGCCUGCCCGGCCGCGUGUGGCGCACUUAUCGCCGCCAGGGAUUCCCACCCUUACUGCGUUGUCUGCAUGGGCCUUAAACACGCGCAGGAGGCUCUGGAAUUCCCCGAAAAUUGUAGUCACUGCCUGGCGCUUCCCAAAAAGCUCCGUCGCCGCAGACUUAAGGUGGCCGCUACUCAAAGUGUGGAUUUCGAGCAGUCGGACUCUGACGGGGGAAACGACGACGAGGAUGCGCGCCCGGGGGACUCCCGGGGAGCGCCAACCUUGAAUUGGGCUGACCAAGCCGAAUCCGCUUUUCUUGAGGAUAUCCUAACGGGUGAACCCUCAUUCGCUAACGAGCCGCUCUGGUGACGAGGACGACGCAGGCCUUCUCGAAGGCUCUGACGAGGAGGAGGCCAUCCCGCCUUCUGUAGCCCCUCAGGCUCACACGCCUGCGGCCUACCCCAAUCCGUCCUCUUUGAAUAUUGUGAGCGAGCGGCUGCUCGCCUCAAUAUCGAAUGGCCGGCUUUACAAGGUGCCACCGACCAGGAGAGGGACAUCUAUGACGGGAAACUUCUGGGUCCCCCUCCCGGCCCGAGAAAACAGCUUCUCCCUGUCCUUCCCGCUUGUGCCAAGCAUAUGAAGUACAGUUGGGGGGACCCGCUCGACUUCAAACACGGUCUCGCGGGUCUCGAGGUGAAGGACAUGACGGCCCUCGGCAUGGGUGACCCCCCCGCCAUCGAGCCCUCUAUCGCCAGACACCUCAAUCCCUCUCAGGGUGGGCUGCUCGCCCCUCCCAAGCCUGUUCUUCCCAGCAAAAUGGACCGCUUCUCUGCGUCCAUCCAUCAGGCUUCCUACAAGGCCUCAGCCUUAGCGGUUAGAGCCUUAAAUGUUUCCUCGCUCCUCUCGGCUUACCAGGCCGAGCUUCUCGAGGACAUGGGUCAGCAGUUGGAGAAAGGGUCGGCCCCGCCCUCGCUCUGGAAGGAGAUCGUCACUGUCAACGAUCUCGUUCUCCGCAAUGCCCGCCAGGCCGUCCAAGCCAGCGGGCGUUCAAUGGCUCUUUCCGUCGUCGGUGAGCGCGCGCUGUGGCUCAAUCUAUCAGGGCUCCCUGAUAGUGAGAAGCGACGCGUCGCGGGAGCACCGGUGGAGGCUGGUCAAGCACUCUUCGGCCCUGCUGUCGCCCUCAUGCAACAGCGCUGUGACGACAAAAAGAAAGAGGACGAGGCUUUUAAGUUGUGUCUGCCCCGGAAAUCAGCGCCGCGCCAGGUUCCCCCUCCACGGCCACCUAACCCGUCUACAGCGGGGCGUAAUUUCCAGGGUCCAGUCAGAGGCAAACCUCGUGGGAAACCGCCAGUGCAGCACGGUAAUCCCCCGCCUGCAAAACCGUGGGGGAAAACAUCUUUGCCGCGGCCGCGGCUAAGAAACCUCACAGCUCCACUACCCCUGAUCACAAACGCAAGCGGCCGGCCUGAUGUUCGGCCACGGGGGGCUUCGAGUCCAUGUUCGCGGGCGGACAGCCCACUGAACGCCUGCUCUGCUUUUCACAUUCCCCCGUUAAAGAAACGGAGGGUCUUUGUUGGCGAGGUAAGCCCCCCUUUACUAAUGGGUGCCCUCCCUGUGUUCAAAGGGGUUUCACAGUUCCCAGUGUUGCCCAGUGUGUGCCCCCCCGUCCAACACACGUCGGGGAUUUUUCCUGUUCCAAAAAGGAAAACGUUGAGAAAGUGUGCACAAGCAGUGUCAUCACACAGCCCCCUACACUUACAUCUCACAAGUUCAAUAAAGGCUUCGGCCCCAGUGUUCCCCAACACACAAAAAAUAAAAACCUCAAAAUGUCUAACGAAUCAUAUGAAUUCGUUAAUAAGAGAGAACCUCUCUUUGCAGAUCUUUCUGAACCCCCGCAUGUCGCCCCUAGUCCGUCCACUAGAUGGUGCCAUUGCUUCACAAAUGAGCCAGCCGGGCACACACGAAGCUAUCAGCGCCUCCCAGGCUCUGGUAGGGACUCUCGCAAGUUACGAGUCAGCUUGGCAGACUGUUUCGGCUCCCGAGUGGGUGACGCGUACAAUAACGCAGGGCUACAGACUGCAGUUUGUAAUGAAACCCCCGCAUUUCAACGGCGUUCUCUCUUCACACACGGAGGAGAGCGCCGCUCACAUUCUGAACGAGGAAAUCUCUUCCCUUCUAGACAAGGGAGCGAUUCAAGUGGUGCCCCACAACUUGAUAGAGCUGGGGUUUUAUUCUCGUUAUUUCCUGGUCCCAAAGAAGGACGGUUCUCUCCGUCCCAUUCUGGAUCUCCGAGUGUUAAACAAACAUUUGAGGAAGUACAAUUUCAGAAUGUUAACCCACGGCACUUUGGCCCGCGCUAUAAAACAGAACGAUUGGUUCACAUCGGUCGAUCUGAAAGAUGCUUUUUUCCAUAUAAGCAUUUAUCCGCCACACAGGAAGUUUCUUCGUUUCGCCUAUCAAGGCACAUGUUACGAAUUCACAGUUCUCCCCUUUGGGCUCGCUUUGAGUCCAAGGACUUUCUGCCUGUGUGCGGAAGCAGGUUUAGCUCCCCUGAGAUUGUCGGGUCUGCGGAUUUUGACAUACAUAGACGAUUGGCUCAUAAUAGCCGAAUCGAAAGAGAAAGUGCAGCGGGACACCCGCCGUGUGCUCACACACAUCACAUCUCUCGGAUUCAGGGUGAAUGUGAACAAAAGCAAUUUUACACCCAGUCAGAGUGUGAUUUUUCUGGGUUUGGAGCUGAACUCAGUCUCCAUGCGAGCGCGUCUCUCUCAAGAGCGCGUUCUCUCUCUAAUGAAUUGUGUGUCACAGUUUCGAGAGGAGCGAAAGUACAAUAUCGCACUUGUCUCAGACUGCAGGGUCUAAUGGCCUCAUCUAUCCAGGUUUUGCCUCUGGGUCUUUUGAGAAUGAGAGCGUUCA